UCUCCGUGUCUCAGGGACGUGUCCGCGAAUCGAAAUCGCUCCUUUUCGCGUUUCAUUGCACGUCGCGCAUUCCGUAACUGGACGGGCAUCGCCGAUGUAUGGGAACCAUUUCGCCUUGAUGCAUUUUUCAGGUUUGGCCCGGUCGGCUGACGGUCGCCGCUGCUCAAGGAGUCCGGAAAUCGGCUUGAGAAUUACGAGCGCGUGCCGUUCCCUCGAGGGAAUCGAGGUCUCGUCAGAGUUCGCGAUUGGUCUCUCUUCGAUUGUACGUGUGAAAUCGUGCAUCCCGCGAGUCAGUAGUCAGAAGAAGAGCCAACUUAUUCGGGAUAGACAAACUUGUAUACGUAGUGUAAAUAGCAAGACUAAAGAUUGGAGAGACAGACUGAAGAAGUUUGGCAAUAUAAGAAUUAAAUGUAACACUACCCUUGUUAGCUACAAGCCAUAG